AUGGAUGAGGAGUUGCCAGAUGAGGUUGUCUUCAAAGACCACAACUUCUCCUCUGACUUGUUGAGACAGCUCAACGACUUGAGGCAAAGCAAGACCCUGACUGAUGUGAGCAUAUGCUCCGGAGCCUGGGAGGUCCCUUGCCACCGCAAUGUGCUGGCCUCCAGCAGUCCCUACUUCAAGGCCAUGUUCUGCAGCCACUUCCGGGAGAGCACAGAGGCCAAAGUGCAGUUGAAAGGCAUCAAUUCCACCACUCUGGAGCAGCUCAUCACGUACGUGUACACGGGAGAGGUGCACAUCACAGCUGCCAACGUCCUCCCACUGAUGGAGGCAGCUGCCAUGCUGCAGUACCCCAGGGUGUUUGAGGCCUGCUCGUCAUACCUGCAGAGCCAGCUGGCCCCCAGCAACUGCCUGGGCCUGGUCAGGCUGGCGGAAGUCUUAAACUGUGAAAGCCUUAAGAAGAAGGCCAGGAACGUGGCCCUGACUUGCUUUUCAGAGGUUGCAGCGUCGGCCGACCUGAAGGAGCUCUGUGCCGUGGACUUGAGAGACUACCUGGGAGAUGACGGGCUCUGUGGGGAGGAGGAAAAGGUGUUUGAGACCCUCAUGGCUUGGGUCAAGCACGACCUCAAGGCCCGACGGCAUUACAUGCAGGAUCUUCUGCAGCAGGUCCGCCUGCCCUACAUCCACCCCGCCUUCUUCCAUCACUUCAUCGCCAACGACGCCCUCCUGCAGUCCUCACCCGCAUGCCAGGCCAUCCUGGAGAUGGCCAGGAAGCAGAUAUUCUCUUUGUACAGCCCCAGUGCCCAGGACUGCCAACUCCCGUGGCACACCCCCCCGAGGAGCUGCUACCAAGACUGCCUCCUCCUCCUGGGGGGGCAGAAGGACAACCAGCAGACCACCAGGGAUGUCUUGCUCUACAGUGUACAGACUGGCCAGUGGCGGAACCUGGCCAAACUCCCCACGAGGUUGUACAGGGCCUCCGCUGUCACCUUGCACCGGAGUGUCUAUGUGCUUGGGGGCGUAGCUGUCAGUGAGGGGAAGAGUCUCAUCAGUUGCAGUGUGUAUAUCUUCUCUCUGAAACUCAACCAGUGGAGACUGGGGGAGCCCAUGCUGGCAGCCCGCUACUCCCACAGAAGCGCCACCCACCGGAACUUCGUCUUCUCCAUUGGGGGCACUGGAGAAGGGCAGGAGCUCCUGGGUUCCAUAGAGAGGUAUGACAGUGUCUGUGAUGUCUGGGAGAGCAUGGCUGACAUGCCAGUGGCCGUACUCCACCCUGCUGUUGCUGUGAAGGACCAAAGGCUCUAUCUUUUCGGGGGUGAGGACGUCAUGCAGAACCCUGUGCGCCUUGUCCAGGUUUACCACAUUUCCAGAAACACGUGGUUCAAAAUGGAGACAAGGAUGAUCAAGAACGUGUGUGCCCCUGCAGUGGUGCUGGGGGAGAGGAUUGUCAUAGUGGGAGGUUACACACGGAGAAUUCUUGCUUAUAACCCUCGGUCCAACAAGUUUGUCAAGUGCGCAGACAUGGAAGACCGGAGGAUGCACCACGGGGCCACAGUAUUGGGGAACAAGCUGUAUGUGACAGGUGGGCGGAGGCUGACCACGGACUGCAACAUUGAGGACUCGGACUCCUUUGACUGCUAUGACCCUGAGACCGACACCUGGACGUCCCAGGGACAGCUACCACACACACUCUUUGACCACGCCUGCCUGACACUUCAGUGCAUACGCCACACGGCUGGCCUCACAUGAAGGCCAGAAGAACCUAUCUCUGUCAAAAUGCUGUACAGUGCAAGAAAUUGCAGCCUAGCUGCAAAGGCUUAGAGCUGAGGGAAGUGAAAACUGCCAGUCCCCACAGAGUAGUCUUUAAGAGAAAUGCCAGUGGAUGCCUUUUAAUUCCACCCCUGCCUCUUGAACCAAUGCCAGAAAUUGCACUACUGUAACUGAGGAGGUCUGCAUCACAGGACUCCAGA